AUGGCUGCCCCGCUGCCACAUUUGCCGCGGAGCGCAGGGAGGGCUGCAGAGACUCCGGCUCCCUCCCAGGAGAGCAGCGGUGACUUGGCUCCUUCCCCCUGGCUAGCCCAGCGGGCUCCUCUCCUCCCCCCUGCUGUGCCCCAUUCCCAGGCGGGGCCCCGGCUCGGGCCGGACAGGAUCAAAAAGAAAGAGCGUGAUGUGUUGGCAAUCCCAUCAAUUCCAAACCCUUUUCCUGAGCUAUGUUGCUCUCCACUUUCAUCGGUUUUGUCAGCCAGCCUGUUGCCCAAGGCAACUUCAAGAAAAAAGCAGGUAAUUAAAGUAUACAGUGAGGAUGACACUAGCAGAGCUUUGGAAGUGCCAGGUGAUGUAACAGCCAGAGAUGUAUGCCAGCUGUUAAUACUGAAGAAUCAUUACAUAGAUGACCACAGCUGGACACUGUUUGAACACCUUCCUCGCAUAGGUCUAGAAAGAAUGAUAGAAGACCACGAAUUGGUAAUUGAAGUUCAGUCAAACUGGGGAAUAGAAGAAGAAAAUAGACUGUAUUUUAGAAAAAACUAUGCCAAAUAUGAGUUUUUUAAACACCCAAUGAAUUAUUUUCCAGAGCAUAUGGUGUCGUUGUCAAGCGAGACCAGUGGAAUGAUAGGCCACGCCCAGAUAUUACAGAUGUUCCUAAGUUCCAGCACAUAUCCUGAAAUUCAUGGUUAUUUGCAUGCAAAGGAGCAGGGGAAGAAAUCAUCAUGGAAAAAAUUAUACUUUCUUUUGAGAAGAUCUGGCCUGUAUUUUUCCACUAAAGGGACAUCAAAGGAACCAAGACAUCUGCAGUUUUUCAGUGAAUUCAGCAGUAGUGAUAUGUAUAUGUCUUUGGCAGGCAAAAAGACGUCUGGAACACCAGCAAACUAUGGAUUCUGCUUUAAGCCUAACAAAGCAGGAGGCGUCAGAGACCUGAAGCAGCUUUGUGCAGAUGAUGAGCAGAGUAGGACCUGCUGGAUGACAGCAAUUAGAUUACUUAAGUAUGGAAUGCAGCUGUAUCAGAAUUACAUGCAACCAUAUCAAGGUAGAGGUGGCUGCAGUUCUCUGACUAUAUCACCUAUGAGAAGCAUUUCAGAAAAUUCCUUGGUAGCAAUGGACUUCUCAGGACAUAGAAGCAGAGUUAUUGAAAAUCCAACAGAAGCCCUUUCAGUUGCAGUUGAAGAAGGGUUAGCAUGGCGGAGAAAAGGGUGUUUACGACUCAACACACAUGGAAGUCCUACCACUUCUCAAAGCGCCACAUCCAGUGUAGCUAUACACAGAACACAAUUGUGGUUUCACCAUAAAAUCUCUAGGGAUGAAGCUCAACGACUUAUUUUACAGCAAGGACUUGUAGAUGGGUGAUUGGGAAAACUUCAACUCUUGGUGAAAAUCUGAAAAUCAAAAUUUUUAGUUUGAAAACUAGAAGUGUUUGGCCCCAAAACUGGGAGAUUUUGAUUUGAAAGUGCCAGGAGGGAGUUGUCAGGUGCCUCAUGGUCCCUUUCUCCUCUGUCAGCUGGGCUUUCUGGUCAGACUGCAUUUCUGAUGAUGCACCACUGUCCCCUCUUUCUGAGUCAUGGGAAAUGUAGUCCCCUGGGAAUCCUGUCCUUAGAGAAGGAAAGGAGAACAAGACAGCCGAACUUCAACUCACGUGAAGCACUGUGGAAGCAUUUCUGAACUGAAAAAUUUGGUUUUCAAACGUUUGGUCUUUCAACAAAAUUGACACUUUCCACAGAAAACAGACACUUUUCAUAAAACCUUUCAUGCAUUCAAAAACCCAAUUUUCAAUUGUAAAACAUUUCUGAUUAGAAACUUUCAGUCUGUCCUGAUUUUUUUUUUUUUUAACCAUUUGCAAAGUUUCACUGCCACAUAUGCAGGUCCCAAAUGCUCUCGUAUGAGAGACAUAGUCAUCCACCAACUUUGAUUUCUUUCUGAUUUGGCUGGGCCUGGAUAAUUAUGUCAGGCUUCACCACUAAACAUUUUAAAGUAGGCCUUCUGCCUUCUUCAGUUCCUCCUGAGGGCUGGGGAAAUAAACAGGUUUGUUUUUCCCCUUUGCCCAGUUGAUGCCAAUUUGAUAACUAACUCUGCAAUUUCUUUUCACAUUUAUUUGCUGCAUGUUUUCAUUUUUUUAAUCACAUUUACAAAGUACACUCUUUUGCUGUGUGUCAUUCUACCGGUAACUGCUCUCUAACUUUGAUCUGAUAGAUUAUUGUGUUGCCAUUGGUUUUAACAGGCAUGAGUAUCGAGAGGCCACAGCUAUAGGAAAGGGGGGAAAGUUUAACAUCAGCAUAGCUUUGCUCCUGAUUUUCUAGAAACUGCUGCUACUCAGUCAGACCUACUCCCAGUCUUCUAGGUUGCAUGAACGUUCGCUAACUAUGAUCACAAAGCACCAACAAAGGACUCUUGUUUGGCCUUUGUCUGUCUGCUCUUACUCAGCAGCAACAUUUUCCUGUUUACCAGUAAUCACGGUCUGGUGUACCCACAUUUUGAAAGGGCCUUUUUUGGGGGGUUUGGUGAUACAGUUUUGUUUCACCCAGUUCAGCUUUGCAUUUAUAGAUCAAAGUCAGUUUAAUUUUCAGCUAAAGAAAAUGAAACCACCUGUAGAACUAAUGGGAAGGUGUUGUCACAGCUGCAUGGGAGUGUAACUAUAUAGUUGUUAUGAGCAGAGUGCUGGGAAAGUCAAUGCUGUAUAUUGGCAAAUUCCACUGGGAGCACGGUUCAUAUAAAGAACUUUGAUAAAUAUUUUAGGCCUUCUCUAACCUAGAUGGUCUAGUUUGGUUUGCCUUUUUGCUAAUGAAUUCAUGUACACCAUAGCCUAAUAAAUAAAACUAACUUCACCUUAAACUGAAACUUGUAUCAUGCUCUCUGU